CGUCUGACGUCACGGGGCGCGCGCGCGGGCGGGCGAACGGAGUUGAGGCUGGGGCUUGCUGCUCUGGGUACGCGUAGGCGUCCGCCUUUGAAAUGCAGCGGGAUUUAGUGAGUUUCCCGCUGUCCCCAGCGGUGCGGGUGAAGCUGGUGUCUGCAGGUUUCCAGACUGCUGAGGAACUCCUAGAGAUGAAACCGUCCCAGCUCAGCAAAGAAGUUGGGAUAUCUAAAGAGGAAGCCUUAGAAACUCUGCAGAUUUUAAGAAGAGAAUGUCUUACAAUUAAAUCAAGAUACACUGCUACAGCUGAGUCAGGCAAGAAUUGUACAGCACUGGAACUUCUUGAGCAGGAGCAUACCCAGAGCUUCAUAAUUACCUUCUGUUCAGCACUAGAUAAUAUUCUUGGGGGUGGAAUACCCUUAACCAAAACAACAGAAAUUUGUGGUGUACCGGGUGUUGGAAAAACACAAUUAUGUAUGCAGUUGGCCGUAGAUGUGCAGAUACCAGAAUGUUUUGGAGGAGUGGAAGGUGAAGCAGUUUUUAUUGAUACUGAAGGAAGUUUUAUGGUUGAUAGAGUGGUAGACCUUGCUACUGCCUGCAUUCAGCACCUUCACCUUACAGCAGAAACACAUAUGGGAGGGGAGCACCCAAAAGCUUUGGAGGAUUUCACUCUGGAAAAUAUUCUUUCCCAUAUUUACUAUUUUCGUUGUCGUGACUAUACAGAGCUGUUGGCACAAGUUUAUCUCCUUCCAGACUUCCUUUCAGAACACUCAAAGGUUCGAUUAGUGAUAGUGGAUGGUAUUGCUUUUCCUUUUCGUCAUGACCUAGAUGACCUAGCCCUUCGUACUCGAUUACUGAAUGGCCUAGCCCAGCAAAUGAUCAGCCUUGCAAAUAGCCACAGAUUAGCUGUACUUUUAACUAAUCAGAUGACAACGAAGAUUGAUAGAAAUCAGGCCUUGCUUGUUCCUGCAUUGGGGGAAAGUUGGGGACAUGCUGCUACAAUACGGCUAAUCUUUCAUUGGGACCAAAAGCAAAGGAUCUAUACCUACAUGAGAAGACCAAGUCUGCCCAGAAAGAUUAAGGGUUGGCAACAUUGUACAAAUCACCAAGCCAGAAGGAAUCUACAGUACUGUUUCAAAUCACACCUCAGGGAUUUAGAGAUGCUGUUGUAUCUUCUUUGCAAACAGAAGGUUCACUGAAUUUCCGGAAACGGUCACGAGAAUCAGAAGAACAGGAAUCCAAAGACUAGUCUUAAAGUAUACAUAUGUGUUGAUGCUGUGAGAUGUAAUAUAUACAAGUAGUAGACUCUUUAUUUUAAAAUAUAAACACAUACUGUGGCAUAUAUGAAUCAAGAGCACAUGAAGUGAAUGUGAAAAACAUUAAAUGAGUAUGAUUCUCUGAAUUUUUCUAAAGCAGUUCUACAAUUAUAUUUUGCCCUGUUUUCACUUUUAGUAACAGCAGAGAUAAUGCAGGUAUUGUAUUUUUGCAAGUGUGGAAAGCUGAUCUCAUGUAGCCAAUUUGAAUUUACCAUUCAGAUUGUUUUUGCCUUUUUUCUUUGCUAGUUGCCGAGAAAAUCCUAGGAAGAAAAGGUUUGUUUUUCUUUGUUUUUUUCACAUUCCUAUUGGGUUUUUCUCUUUAAAUGUAGAUUUUUUUUUUUUUUUUUAAG